AUGGCCACCCUCGAUUCCCUCAAGCGAGCCCUCAGGCAGGCUGCCGAGGAAGCAGCACUGCCAUCAUCGAAGCCACUCUUGUCAGAUUCCCAGUACAGCGCAGGUCUUGACAUCCUAAAGCAGGGCGCGGGAUGGCUUAUCUACGAAGACUUCAUCAUUCCUUAUUCAUCCCGGCUUUUAGGCCCUCUUUUCGACUCUCACCCUGCAGUGUCAGUUCUGGAAAUCGGACCAGGCGCAACGAGCCUGCUCAGUUACCUCCCACGCCAUCUGAGACACAAGGUCAAGAAGUACAAGGCAUUUGAGCCCAACAGCCUCCUUGCUGCAGGAUUGGAAGAAUCCCUUGGCCAAAAACCAGAGGGGGAGGCUACUUUUCCAUAUCUGAAGAGCCCGCCCGACAUUUGUCGACAGCAAUUCGAUGCGGGUGACAAGAAGGGAAGCGAUACUACCAGUACCAACGACUCCUCGCUUCACAACGAUGAGAAGUACGACGCGAUCAUUUUCUGCCACAGCAUGUACGGCAUGAAACCCAAACACAUGUUCAUCGAACGGGCGCUGAACAUGCUUACCGGCUCGCCGGACCAUCCAGAUAAAGGAGGGUUGAUUUUGGUUUUCCAUCGCGACAACGGGGCCCUUCACCUCGGGGACCUGGUGUGCUACCAAACGGCAUCCUUCCCGACCGGAGUCGUCAGCGUGACAGACGACGACGAAGAACUGGACUCGUUCGCUUCUUUCGUGACGGGGUUUUCCAUGCAGGGAGAGACGGACGCGAGCAACACGAUUCGCGCUGAAUGGCGCAAAGCCACAGAACAGUCAAGAACCGCGAGGCACUCCUGCACCAUCCCCCUCCCGGUAGUCCAGCCAAAAGAGAUCAAAGACGUACAGUUCGCUGUCCGGUGGGCUUUGGAAUGCGAAUUGAACCUGACUGUCGUCGGUGGUGGUCACAGCGGCCACUGUCUCUGGCCGAACGUCGUCUCGGUCGACAUGAGCGCCUUCAAUCAGAUACACAUUGUCAAGGGAGACCAAGACGGAAAGAAUCCAACAUUCGGCCCCUUGGUUGUUGCCGAGACCGGUUGUAAAACAGGAGACAUCGUCCGCAAAACCAUGGCGGAAGGCUUGACGGUGCCUUUGGGGGCCCGCCCGAGCGUGGGUGCUGGGAUGUGGCUACAGGGCGGAAUUGGACAUCUUGCCAGGAUGUACGGGCUCUCAUGCGACGCCAUUGUAGGCGCCGUGAUGGUAAGCGUCAAGGACUACAGCCAGAUCAUCUGCGUCGGCCAUGUACCGAGCCAACACAAGCCCCCUGGAGCCAUUAAACCGGAGAACGACGCGGAACUUCUACGGGCAAUCAAGGGCGCCGGAACCAACUUUGGAAUCGUUAUCAGCGUGAUAUUUCAGGCUUACGUGGCACCCACCUACCGUGCCCGGAAUUGGCUCGUCAAGUUCAGUGACAGUCUCAAAGGACAGAGAAAGCUCAGCGAAUUUGACAGUCUCAUUGCCGAGGAGCUCCCCCGGAACAUUUCUGCGGAUGCAUAUUUGUACUGGGAGGACGGCAAGCUGCGUCUGGGAGUGACAAUGUUCGAGUCUCUAACGGGAGAAACUACAUCAAGCUUCGAACAAGCCUCAGCGAAGUUAGACUUCUUUUGGGGUCCUGGCGACGAUCUCAAGGCCACGAACGCUGUCGAUCUGUUCGACACGGAGAUGUACGUGUCUAGAAUGCACGGCGGACAUGGCGGCGGCAAGACCUUAUCGUUCAAGCGGUGUGUAUUCCUGAAACACAUCGGAGAGGCAGAGGUCGCAGGCCACCUGCUGGCAGCUAUCGAGAACCGCCCAUCUCCACUCUGUUACCUCCAUCUAUUGCAAGGAGGCGGAGCAAUCUGUGAUGUCGCCCCUGACGCUACCGCUUUCGGCUGUCGAGACUGGGACUUCGCAUGCGUAAUAACCGGCGUAUGGCCCCGCGAUGAAGACGACACCGAAAUCGCACAGUAUGCCACACAAUGGGUUUACGACGUCGCCGGAAACUUAUUGGCCUUGAGCGGAUGUCGUGGUGUUUAUGGAGCGGAUCUUGGACCGGACCCCAGAGACUCCGUGUUGGCGACCAAGGCCUUUGGACCAAUUCGACGAGACCUAGCCUUUCUCAAACGCACCAUGGACCCGCAAGAAGUGCUGGAAUACGCCUGCCCGCUGCCGGAGGUUUCACUAAGACAAAAGAUCAUCAUCCUUGUCACCGGCGAGAGCUGCGCGGGAAAGGACUUCUGUGCCGACGUCUGGGUCUCGGUGCUCACCAGACGUAAAAUCACUUGUCACGAGCAACUUACCGCACGUGUAGUGAGCAUCAGCAGUGCGACCAAGCGAGAAUACGCAGCAGCUAAGGGUGCUGAUCUGGGUCGCCUCCUAUGGGACCGUGCUUAUAAGGAGCAACAACGGCCAGACCUGACGGCGUUUUUCAAGAGCCAGGAGCGGGAGCGACCUGAUCUUCCCAAGGAGCAGUUCUUGAAUGUGGUACGCAUCGCCGGGGACGUGGACGUGCUUCUCAUCACCGGAAUGAGAGACGAGGCGCCACUCGCGACGUUUUCACAUCUGGUACCGGAGAGCAGGCUGCUCGAGGUCUACGUCCAAGCCAGUGACCAGAAUCGACGGAGUCGUGGAGGGCGCGACAACGGUGACGGCAGCAACGAGACCAGUGAAGGCAACAGCAGCUGGCCGGAUACCACAGUCUUGCCCUACCGGCCCAGUCUGACUUUUAUUAACAACAUGUCCGGAAGCGAGGCAGCAGAGGAGUUCGCCAAACACCACCUGUUUCCCUUCUUGCAUCACGACCUGCAGGAUCUUGCCGACAUGGUGGGCACGGUGCCUGACUUCCCGCGCCAGGGCAUCGAGUUCCGCCACGUGCUCGGCAUCGCAGAGGAGUACGGCGGGCUGACCCUCUGCACUUCCUUACUGCAAUCACACUUCGUCGGCGGCUGGGCCACGGUCAACUCGAUCGCUUCCUGCGAGACCGGCGGCCUUAUCUUCGCGUCGGCGCUGGCACUACAGGUCAAGGUGCCCCUGUUGCCGAUCCGCAAAGCUGGCAAGCUGCCUCCGCCCACAGUCUCCGUCGCCAAGAAGCCCUCGUAUGUCUCUUCUGCGGCAUCCGAGGACGCGCGAGAGGAGCGCAUCGAGCUGGAGCUGGACAAGGUCCCCGAGGGCCCGGGGGCGAGAGUGGUUGUGGUGGAUGACGUGCUCUCCAAGGGUGAGACCCUGUGCGCAGUGCUCGAGCUGUUGGAAAAGGCUGGAGUCCACGCUGAGAACGUCAGCGUCAUGGUAGUGGCCGAGUUCCCAGUUCACCGUGGCCGGGAGCUGUUGCGCCAACGUGGGUUUGGCAGAACCAGUGUCCAGAGUCUUUUGGUCUUCGGUGGUGCUUAG